GCGCGUGGCCGAUCGCGGUACUGUACAGCUUCUUUUCCCCAAACACACUUUAGACUACUUCUUCUGCUUCUUCUGUUGUAUGUCUGCAUUGAAAAACCAAUGCAUCGACAAUGCGAACAGGUGGCUUAAAAGGGCACUGGAAAGUCAAACGUUUGAGUUUCCUCUUGAUUUCCUCUGGGACUUCACACUUCAGGAAAGGGUAUAUAAUUCAAUGGAUAUCACAAGCGUUUACCUCAUCUUUUCUUCUUUUUGCGACAUCACAUUGACCGGGUCGAAGUGCAGACGCCAGCACCAGAUGGAGGCAGAUGCUUAAAAAGAUCCAUUGAUCGAACUCGAUCUGCUUCAGUUCGCUGAGGUCGCGUGCCGACGACGAUAAACAUUCAGAAAGAGGAAUCUGCAAUGAGCAUUUCAUUCUAUCACGUUUAAAGAAUAUUCGCCCCCACGGGUGCAUAAGUGUGGCUAGCACCUAGCACAGUCCACAUUCCAAAAGCACAGCAUUAUUAAUAGCUAACUGAGCACUUGUACUACUAGUACCGGUAUUAUUAAUAAUAAAUAGCACAAAACACAAAAAUGCAUACUGAUGAGUACACCUGAGAGCUUCCUUGAGUACGUACUCUGAGCUACUCAAGAGUACUGAAGACAGUGGCAUGUGGCAUCUCAAGAAAAGAAGGCAAAGCAUUUAGAAUUUGCUCCUUGUAAGUAACUGUACAUCUCUGGGUUUUUCUGGGUUGCGAAAAAAAGGAAAACAGAGUUUGGGGAGGAAAUCCGAAGACUCCGAAGUUUGAAGGAUGAACCUCCUCCGUGAUCCCCUGUCUUUUACCUUCGACUGCACGUGCCACAAAACCACAAUCCUCCCCAAUAAAACUCUCCUUCGUGCUCUGUGCAAUGUUUUCCACGAGCAAUUUCUCAUCCACCAACCCCAUGGUGCCCUAUCUUGAUGUGGUGUUGGGAGGGAGCAUCAGAGCUAUCCUCAUCGCUUUGAAAGGCUAUAACAAACCACCCCAGAGAAAAGACACCAUCCGUGUCUUCUCCAGGUCGUUCGAUGCUCCUAGACGUAUGAAAGAGGUAGAAGUCAUCCAUGUCUUUGAAAUGAUUGGUUCUUGUUCCAAUCUCAUGAGGCUGGAACUCUGCAGCCCGUUUUGUGACCGUCGCCAGAGACUGAAGCUUCCUGCUGCGGCAAUCGCUCGCUGUCUCCUAGCCUCUUCCAGUGGAUGCCUCGAGGACUUGCUCUUGAAGCGAGUUCAAGUUUCCGGAGAAUGGUCUGAUAUGCGCGACUUGACUUUUGCGAUGCUGAACCACCAGUCCAUGAAGCGGCUCUACAUCACGGAUAGCCAUCCCACUCAAGGUUCCGCCAACUUGGUGCCCUUUCUCAGAGCUGCCGUCACAAAUCCUCGCUUGGAGUCAGUUGCUUUGAGUGACGUUUCCUGGGCAGGCCAAGCGUUGUGUCCUUUAGACCAUGAGUCCUCGACAUUGACAUCCAUCAGAGUCCGAGGUGCACAGUGUCUAGGGCCGAUCGAAUGGAUCCAGUUUGUUGACAACCUCAGGUUCAACGGAGCCCUGAAAGAACUACGAAUCACAGCGUGUGCAUUGUGUCCCGGUUUUGGGGCGACCAUUGCCCGUGUACUUGCAGUACAUCCAGUCCUAGAAGAGGUUAUUCUGGAAUUCAAGGACAUGGAGGACACAGUACCAAUCUGUUGGGCACUUGCCACCAACACGGUCCUGACACGCCUGGAUCUUCUGGUCUACUCACCUGGUGCCGAUGUCAAACAGAGGCUUAUCACUUCCAUGUUUGCAGACACCAUGAAGCAGAACUAUACCCUCCACCACCUUAGCCUCCGCUCUGCGACGUCGUGGCUUUCUUGUCCACGCCUUGACUUUUACCUUCGGUUGAACCGUUGUGCCGACCGAGCGAAUCUAUUGCAGCGGCAGACGCAAAUGACUGCCAAGGAAUGGGUUGAUAUGCUUUUCAAGAACCGGCAUGACUUGAGCGUGCUCUACUACUUGCUCAUGCUCAAUCCUUCGCUUUGUCUGGAGACAGAGAGUGGGGCAUCCAAAAAGAAGUUGCCUCCCAUGGCUGGAAGAUCCCGCAAGAGAAAACGGCUUGGGUGAACUGGUUCAUCUUGUUGUAGAUGAGGCUUGAGCGAAGCGAAUUGUUCCAUUUUGAUGCCUCAACCGAUACUGGUCCCUCCCAAGUUCUGGAACGCUAAUCAUGACUGCAUUUUUCAUCUCUUUCUCUACACCGGCCAUUAUCCUGCCCUGCAGGUCCCUUUUGGUUUUCGUGUGGCCGAUUUUAUCCUUUGCAAACUUUCUUCCUUUCUUCCCCAGUAUACUCGACGGGUACACUGUAGGCUUUAAUAUGUUACCUAAACUCUUUGUACAUUACU